UCUCCGCCUCCACAUACAGGGAAACAUUUUACUUUCGUUUUGAUUUCGGGGAAACGUAUUAACAUCUGAAGUAUCCGAAUAAAGAUACAUCACCGUGUCUUGUGCCGGAGAAACCAUGGGGCUGUUAAUCUGUUCGCUUCUGUUGGGUCUGCUGUGCUGUUCCAUGGCCAAGGAUACUCCUCCCAAGGUUGAGGUGUACACCCGUGAGCCAGAAGAGUUUGGGAAACCAAACUCCUUUAUCUGUCACGUGUCUGGCUUCUACCCGCCGCAGAUCAACAUUACGCUGCUAAAGGAUGGAAAGGAGAUUCCAAAUACCCAACAGACAGACCUGGCUUUCGAGGCGAAUUGGUACUACUACCUUACCAAACAUGUGUCCUUCACCCCAAAGGAGGAUGAUGAGUUCAUUUGCAGAGUGACACACAUGGGGAAGUCCAGGGAUCACCUUUUAAUGAUUGGUCUGUAACCUCUGUUGGCCACCAUGUUCCAGUCUGGAGGAGGUGAAGAAGAUUGGACUCUAAAUUCUGCUCUUUUGUCUGUCAUUGCAAAGGCAAAAGUGUAUUCAGCGAAUCAGUGACAUGCUCUUGAUCCAACCUUAAAUUGAUGAUGUUUACACAGACACCAAUAAUCUGACUAUUUGGCUUAUUAUGGUAUUUACAUGAAUACUUCAUUCAUAUUCCUGUUUACAUGUUACACAGCAUUGCCUGAUGAUGCAAAAUGUUAUGCAAACUCCAUAAGAAAGUUAUAAUUCAAUUUAGAUGUAUACAUGUCUGUGCGAUUGAGAUUGGAACACUCCAUGUUUCUUAAAUCAUCAAUAUUCCAACAUAAGCCCAGUUCAAAGAAUUUUCAGAUUAUCGUAAACUGAAUAAAGUCUUACUUGGAAUAAACAAUAAUCAUAUGGCCUUAUGGGGACAUGUAUACGUCUUAAUGACUAUAUAACAUCCUUUUUUCGCAGCAUUUGCAACAUCGACAUUCAGCAGUUACAGAAUGCCGGACGUCAUAAUAAGACCAUGCUCUCUAACAUGUAAACAGGGAUAUGAACAGAACAUUCUAUUAGUAACUCAUGUAAACAUCAUAAUCAAAAUAAUGUCCUAUUCAAAAUAAGGUAACUAGUCAGAUUGUUGCUGUCCAUGUAAACAUAGUCAGUGUGUUUGUUUGUACCUAGAUGAAUCCCAGGCCUGUUUAAACUGAUAUGUAUAAGCAUUGUUAAUCUAGGGCAGCUUGAUUAAGGUUAAGGGUCUUGGUGGAUGUAUCUACUCUACAUGAUUUCUAACUGCUUUUAUUUUUAAGAUUAAACACUGAAUCUGGCAAUUAUGAAAUCUCUUUCCAAUGCAAUCACAAAGAGAAAAAAAAGACAUAUUCCAUAAAAUUAAAAUACAAAGCUGACAUCAAUGGGACAUGAUUAUUUAGUGUCUGAAAUGUUGUCACGUGGUUGAGAUAACCUGCUUUUCCAUUUUUGCAGUAGCUACUGUAAUGCAAUUUUUAAUCUUUGACUCAACACCAUCAUGUAUUGAAAGCUAAAGCACUAUCAUUUUAUCACUGUUGUUUCAAUGUUCUCACUCAAAAAUGAAUUAAUGAUAUGGGCUGUUUGGGACACAUUUAUGAAAUAAAGCAUUUCUUCACUGUGCAAUGUUUUAGAGAUUGUAAAGAUUGUUUUAGAUGAAAAAUAAAACCUCAACUUCAAAU